UCAACUGCCUGCCCCUUCGGCCUGCUUGGCUAGCCAUUACGCUGUCACGGCGCGUGGCGCCCAUACAUUCUUUUACACAGGAACCACUGACUAUCGAACUAGUACAUGGCGAUCACGCAUCAGCCGGUGCUUUUCGUCGGGCUGUAUCGCGAGAGAAACCGAAACUUGCAAAGGACUAGAAAGCAUGGUUGCCGCAUCCCCCAAAAGCCACUGUCUGCCCUCGCUUCGGCUCCCGCGACUGGUCUGAUGCUCGCCUUCGGAACAGGGUGCUCUUCCCUCGCGGUGCCUAUAGGCUCUGGCUGGUCUCUCAAGGCCUGUGCUAGACGCGUGAUUCUGGCGGUGUUUGCAGUGAUGCGCUUAACGUGUGCUUCGAUUCUCUUGCCGAGGGAAGCGGACGCAGGAUGCGGGUACGCCAUUUUCAAAGUAAAAUGAAUACAUUCUCAUGAAUCGCACGUUGCAA